AUUAUCUCAUUAAUGCCCCUCAGAGGACAAAGAUGACUACAACGUCCUUAAAUACCCCAUACCUUUUGCGUGAAAAUGAAAUAAACCACCUUUUAGUCUUUGGUAUAUCCUACAAAUUUUCAGGGCAUGGCUUCUGUAAAUUUAGCAAUGCCACAUAUGGAGUUACAGGAAGUAGAGUUGAAUAAUGCUGGGAAAGGACAAAUGGGAUCAAAAAGUGGAGGCGUUUUCUUGACUUGGAAUGACUUAUGGGUUACUGUUAGCACUAAAAAAAGUGGAAGCAAAUCCAUACUUAAAGGUCUCACUGGCUAUGCUCGACCUAGUGAGCUCUUGGCCGUCAUGGGUCCUUCUGGCUGUGGCAAAUCUACACUCCUCGAUGCGUUAGCUGGGCGACUAGAUUUCAGCACGAGGCAGAGCGGGGAUAUACUGAUCAAUGGUCACAAACAGAAACUUUCUUAUGGAACAUCUGCAUACGUGACUCAAGAUGAAACUCUUUUAGCAACACUAACAGUUAAAGAAGCAGUUUACUACUCUGCACAACUCCAACUCCCAGUUUCCAUGACAAAAUCAGAGAAAAAACAAAUAGCAGAGCAGACUAUUAAGGAGAUGGGGUUGCAAGAUGCAAUGAACACUAGAAUAGGAGGAUUUGGUAAUAAGGGAAUUAGCGGAGGAGAAAAGAGGAGACUUAGUGUUUGCAUGGAGAUUCUAACGCGGCCAAAACUUCUAUUCCUUGAUGAACCGACCAGCGGCCUCGACAGUGCUGCAUCUUAUUAUGUGAUGAGCGGAAUUUCACGCCAAAGAGAGGGAAGAACCAUAAUCGCAUCUAUUCAUCAACCAAGUGCUGAAGUUUUCAACCUUUUCCACAGUUUAUGCCUUUUGUCUUCAGGAAGAACGGUAUAUUUUGGACCUGCUAGUGCAGCAAUUGAGUUUUUCACGAGGAAUGGUUUCCCUUGCCCAUAUCUUCAGAAUCCAUCAGAUCAUUUUCUUAAAACAAUAAACAAGGACUUUGAUGAGGAUAUUGAACAAGGCUCAGCUGGAGGACGACGACCUACAGAAGAAGUGAUAGACCUUCUCAUAAAUUCAUAUAAAUCAUCCGAGGGAUAUCAUGAAGUUCAGAGCCAUGUUGCAGAAAUAUGUCAUCAGGGUGGUGAAAUGUUGGAAAAAAGAAGCCAUGCUAACUUCAUGAUGCAAUGCCUUGUUCUUACAAGGAGGUCAACUGUGAACAUGUUUCGUGAUCCUGGCUACUAUUGGAUGAGAUUCGCUGUUUAUGUCGGCAUUGCUUUAAGUCUUGGCUCCAUCUACUAUAAUGUUGGCUCAGACUAUCGUUCAGUUGAGGAAAGAGGUCUAAUGGUUGCUUUUGUAGUUUCAUUUAUGACAUUUAUGACGGUUGGUGGAUUCCCUUCAUUUGUGGAGGACAUGAAGGUAUUUCAACGAGAAAACGUGAAUGGGCACUAUGGAUGUUUUGCUUUUGUCAUAGGCAACACACUUUCUUCAAUUCCAUACGUACUACUAAUAUCAUUGAUUCCAGGUGCCAUUGCCUAUUUCCUUGCUGGAUUUCAAAAUGGAUUUGAGCACUUCACCUACUUUGCUUUGGUCCUCUUCACCAGUAUGAUGGUAGUCGAGAGCCUAAUGAUGAAUGUUGCAGCUAUUGUUCCUAACUUCCUGAUGGGGAUUGUGACGGGGGCAGGAAUACAAGGACUACAGAUACUAAGUGGUGGUUAUUUUCAAUUACCGAGUGAGUUGCCUAAAGUACUUUGGAAAUACCCACUGUACUACAUGUCCUUCCACAAGUAUGCUUACCAAGGUAUGUUCAAGAAUGAAUUUGAAGGACUAAAAUUUAGAGAUGAUAUGUUUGGAAACAAUCAUAUAAUUGGUGGAGAAAUCGUCUUGAGAGAAAGAUGGCAAGCUGAAAUGGGACACUCAAAGUGGGUAGACCUAGUCAUUCUGGUAGGUACACUCAUUUUGUAUCGUCUCGUGUUCUUCCUUAUUAUCAAGACAAAAGAAAAGUUUGUGCAUGCAAGAAAGGCAUCCACAUCAAUUCUAUCAAAUCGAAAUACACAAAUCAUGGCUAAGUCCUUACCUGCCUCACCUCUCCAUGGACUCACUCCAUCACAUGGCACUCCCACCAACAAUAGAUGAACUAAUCAGCAGUUACUUCUUUUGUCUUCUACACUAUAUUUGGCUUCUUGUUUCAUAAUGUAUCAUUCUGUAUUGUAUUGUAUUUUACUGCACUAUUUUGUGGAUGUAAUGUUUAAAUAGGGUUUAGUAGUUUAGUGCUUUCU